GUUUUUAAAGAAUAUUUAACUGAAAGCAACGAGUUAAUGUGUUGGAUUUAAAUGUGUUUGCUAACAGCCAAAGACGUGUCUUGAAUGCAACUUUAUUUGGACUUGCUAUGAUGCUGUAAGAAUGGUGACUGUAGCGGAACUCUUCAGUCUAGUUCUUGUUUCCGUGUUGUGGGGCUGCACCAACCCUUUCCUAAAGAAAGGCUCAGAGGGAAUAGAAAAUCUUACUAAAUCCAACAAAGUGUUGCAACUGCUAGCCGAAGUCAAGUUUCUUUUCUUAAACCUUAAGUACCUGGUCCCAUUUCUUCUGAACCAGAGUGGAUCGCUGGUCUACUAUUACACACUGUCAACCACAGAAUUGUCUCUUGCUGUUCCUGUGGCCAACUCUCUCACCUUUCUUUUCACUCUGCUGACUGGGAAGUUGCUGGGAGAAACGUUUGGAGGCAAACAAGCUGUAGUGGGAAUGUUUCUCACCAUGGCUGGCAUCACCCUGUGCAUCAUAAGCUCCAUCAGUGACGACGACACAGAGAAGCAGAACACAACCCACCCAGAGCUCUAAUCAAGAUGGAGAUUAAAGCAAAUUGGCAUGUUUCGAAGGGAGUCCUCAGCAGGGUGAGAAGACCAAAGCUGCCGCUGGGGCUGCAGACUAGAGGGGGGUGGUUUAGAUUUAGGCUGUAGCUCUGGAGGGAGAAAUGCACCCCAAGUCAACUCAGCUGUGUAUAAACUAGAUGUUGAAGCGGGUUCGUGCAGGGUUCAGUCCAGAGCUAAAGCGGAUUUAUGGACCUCUAUGUGAUUGGAAUUAGCUAAGAUGCUAUAGAGCCAAUGGAAAGGGCCAAGAGCUGCAUUCUUUAUGUGAUAACAUUGUUUUUAUUUAUUUAAAAAAAAAAGACAACACAGUUGAGCUGUUUUGUAUGUGACCUUGUUCCCUUUGCUGCUUUGUGCAUAAAACUCACUGAGGUGGAUCUUUAUAAGAAAAUCUGUAAAUUGUUUUAAAAAGUAUAGAAUUAAAGACCAAAUGCAUAAUAACACAUUUUUAUUUUCACAGUAUUCAAAUGAUUUAAGACACUGUACAGUCACAGUACUAAACUAUUUUUAAUAAACUGUUGGCAGACAUUCA